UGAGAACUUCCACUGGCUGGCGUGGGAGUGGGGUGGGCUAGGUCAGCUGCGGCGGCGCCCAGCCGCUCCCCAGGUUCUGCUCUGGGAGGGGUCUCCAUCCUCUCCCAGACCAGAACCCUAGGUUCCCCUAACUUAGCCAAGGGCUGAGCUCCCCUAGACUGGUCUCCACAUUCCUGAGCAGAAAAACCUGUGCUGUUGGCCUAGGGAUGGGGCUCAGCCUGGGGCAGGUAGCCCCACAGAUUUCCAUAGGUUUUGUUUCCACUGUGGCCCUGAAACCUGCCCACGGUAUCUCUUCAUCCUUUCGAGUCUGAGAAAUUUGAGUUUCUUUCCCAUCUGUCUUUUAGCGUUCUCUUUGCAUUCUCCAGACCUAGAGAUCUGACGUCAGGUGCCAUAGUUUAUAAAGAAGAACCCCCCCGCACCCCAGUCUGACACCCAAACCUCACACUUGACCACUGACUCGGUUGCCUUUCCCCAGAAAAACCUAAGGUGUAUCAAGGUGUCCGGGUGAAGAUCACAGUGAAGGAGCUGCUGCAGCAGAGAAGGGCACACCAGGCAGCCUCGGGGGGAACCGUAAGCAUAAACCCUUCACUUCUUCCCAACUCGUGUUCAGCUUCAUUCAGCCCUGUGUCUGGGAAGGUGUAGGCGGCCACCCUAGGCCCCAGUCACCAUCCCCAGGCCUGGCCUUCCAUAGCUGUUCUUAUAACGUCUGUGCCCACCUUCAUCCCAGUUCACCACAGAAAACCACAGAGAACAGCUGGGGCAUGUUGUGGAGCUCAAGAUUUGGGGGAGCCCAUCCCUCACUGAUCAUAGUUGAGUAUAAGAGCAUAUUGGUCCAAUACAGGGAGAGAAGCAGCCAGCAGGUAAGUAGGUUGUUAUUUUGUAGGAAGACAGUGUAUGUGCCCUCACAUACGCAAAGAAAAUCUCUCCCAGAAACUUCCUUUUAGGGAGCCCUUCAAGGAGAGGAUCUCCGUGGAACAUCUUCCCCGCCACCUCAUUCUUCUGGAACCCAGCCUCUGAGGUCAUUGAUCUGUAAAUCACCAGGCACUGAAAUUUCCCAGCUGAAAGGGGCCGUGUAGCCUCAGAGGAGACAGCUUGAAAUAUAGAACCUCCUUAAGAUGUAAUGAAGCCUUGAGCAGUUCCAAGUUAUCAUGCGAUUGACCUGGGCAGUCAUAAGGCUGUCCGGAGGCAACAAUGUCCACCUUUCAGACCCAGUCCCACCAUCUUCUGCAGGACAGUAUUUUGAGCCUGAACCAAUUCCUUCCACACCCAAUUAUUUCCAACCCCGAGAAUUUUCCAGUUGUGUUUCUUGUGAAGAAAAUCCAGGCUUCCUCGACCAGAUAUUUGAUUCCUACCUUCAGACAGAGACACACCCGGACCCUUCGCCCAAUUCCAUGCAAAGUACUCCACACUAUUUCCCAGACAGCUUCCAGGCUGCCCCUUUCUGCUUUAACCAGAGCCUGACCCCAGGAUGGCCUUCGGAUUCCUCCACUCUCUCAGGUUCCUUAGACUGCAGUUACUCUCCUGUUCAGCAACCUGCAUACAUUCCGGAGAAUUACGACUCUGCCCCUUCUCUGGACACCAGAAACUGGGGCUCCGCCUCGGAAGACUACUCCUACCCUCACCUGCCCUCACACACCCAGUGCAACCGCUCCUCCUCUGCCGCCGCCUCUGUCUGCUGCUCUGCACGCUGCGAGGCGGAGCACUCGGACACCUUCAGAGCUUCAGAGUGUUUUUCCUACCCCAGCACAGACUAUGGGACCUUCACACCCUCAGCAGCAGCAAGCAGUGAUUUCUGUAGGAGGGAAACAAACUGGGACAUCUGCUAUAGUUAAUAGAAAUUACAUUAGUUUGGAACAUGGCAUGCAUACAUCUAUUUUUUUACCACCUCUAGAUGACAACUCAAAAUAUGCAACCUGCUGACAAAAUAUCACAGGCGCAGUUUACGUGUCACCAUUUUCGAUUUGCUGACACUAAUUUAGGCAUGAAUAUGAAAUUCAGACCCGGUCAUAGUGCCACGCCUACUUUGUAUGCUUACAGUUAAAAAUUGUUGUAGGGAAUAGUCGUUUUACUUUCUG